AAAAUAAGAGAAGAAGAAAAGGAGUUGUCAACCCGGAAGUGAAGCCGUGUUGCCGUGUCCACAUGUUUAUCACCGUUCACAUGUAGAGGAAUAUAUUUAUCUAUAUUUAAAAGGCUUAACCAUCGAAAUGAGAAGCGGACACUUCCUGUAGACAGUGAAAGACGUAGUGAGAAGAUGUUGAACGACUCUGAGGCUGCGGAGCUGCUCUCCUUCCUGAGCCCCAGCACACGUCCUGAUGUCAAAGGUCACACGACAGAAUACAUCCUGGGUCUGUCUGGAAACAGGGAUGGCUGCCGCUUCCUCCGCUCUAAACCUGACUUGAUUGUUGCCCUCUUUGCGUUGACCUCUGACCCCUCCAUCGCCAUAGUGAAGGACUGUUACUACAUCCUCAUCAACCUGUCGGCUGAUGAGACUCUGCACAAGGUGUUGGUGGAAGAUGUUAAAGUUCUCCCGGUGUUACUGAAGAACCUCGUGGAUCCAGAAUACCCGUUUUCUGACCAGAUAUGCUCCAUCCUGUCAAACCUGACCCGCCACGAGAAGACUUGCAAGACCCUGUUCUCGGUCUUCCAGGAGGAGCUGGGCCUCACUCAGCUGGUCGAGAUGUUCUGCACCGAAGGUUACAACAAGCAGGCGACGUUGCACUGCCUCGGCCUUCUGCUGUCCAACCUGACGCAGCUGCCGGAGGCCCGAGAGCACAUCGUGGACAAGAACAGGUGUGUGGUCCAGAGGUUGUUGCCCUUCACUCAGUACCAAACGUCGGUGGUGAGGAGGGGAGGAGUCAUAGGAACUCUGCGCAACUGUUGCUUUGACCACGGUCACCAUGAGUGGUUGCUGAGUGACGAUGUGGACAUCCUGCCCUUCCUCCUGCUGCCGCUGGCCGGUCCAGAGGAGCUGUCAGAAGAAGAAAAUGAAGGUUUGCCCGUGGACCUGCAGUAUCUGCCAGAGGACAAGAAGAGAGAGGACGACCCCGACAUCAGGAAGAUGCUGCUGGAAACACUCUUCCUGCUGACGGCGACAAAGGCCGGCCGGCAGACGCUGAAGGAGAAGAACGUUUAUCCGAUCAUGAGAGAGUUUCACACGUGGGAGAAGGAACCUCACGUCGCGGCAGCCGCUGAAAGACUGAUCCAGGUGCUGAUCGGCGACGAGCCGCAGACGGGGAUGGAGAACCUGAUGGAGGUGGAGAUUCCCGAGGACGUGGAGGAGAAGCUGAAGGAGGUCGACGUCAAAGAACAGCAGGAGCUGGAGAAGGAGGAGGAGAAGAGGCGGGAGGAGGAGGAGGAGGAGGAGAAAAAGAGGAACAGUGAUGCGGAGCAGAGAGACAGAGAACAGGAGAGCGGACUGAUACAGUAAAACCCUGUUUUAUACAUUCAUAAAACAGUUCUGACUUCAACGGGAAAUGACGAUAUGUCAUUCAGACAUAAGUGUCAGUUAAAUGAUCGUUUCAGCUUCGUUCAGACGGGACGUAACAGUAGGUAAUGAUACGAGAGAAGAGCAGUGCCUUUUGUUCUGUCACGCGCUGCAUCAGCGAUUCAUUUAAAAAAAAAAAAAAGCAGAUGAAUGAUACUUUAAUUAAAGACCGUUUGAUAAUGAAGCACACGUUCGGCUGGGGACACAAUUGUGACUCUUCUCACAACACAAAGGAGAAAAAAUAAAAUAGACUUUUACUCCCUGAUCCCACUCGAGAAGAACUGGCUCGUUCGCAGUGUUUUGUGUUUACAAAAAUUUCUUUCUGCAUUUUAAAAAAGGACGAUUGACACAUUUUUUACUAUUUUGCUCCUUGAACAUAGAGCAAGUCUGAGCUGUUAUUAUACCAAAGCGUAUGCCAUCAUUACUUGUAUCUUAAAGCCACUUACUUACUUAUUAAGACACGAGGUGACAUAUACAACUGCAGUACUGCACAACUGGACGAGUUCUGGCCUCCUGAUCUUUCAUCUUUUUUUCUUUUAGAGUUUUAGACACUGAAUCGAUUUCUUAAUUUUUGGCCACAUUGAAAACCUCCGGUUUGUUGCAGAUAAAUACAAUAAAAGCAGCCUAUUGUAUUAUAAUCUAA